UAUUCUAACUCGUCUCAAAGCCGGUUUACGUGAAAUUUUGUGUAUUUUGUUUGCGACUUUUUUCUUGGAAUAUUGGAUAUAUAAAAUGCGUUUCGCUCUGCUUACCAUUCUGGCUCUCUGCCUGUUGGCAUUCGUCGUUGGCAGCCCUGCCAAGGAUACGAAGAAACAGGCCGACAGCUGUUCGCGGACCUGCGGCGAUGACUAUUCGCCCGUCUGCGCCAAGGCCAGGAACAGCAGCAAGGAGCGUCUAAUAACUUUUGGCAGCCAGUGCGUCAUGUCCAACUACAAUUGCCAGCAUGCCGAUGAUCCAUUUGAAGUCAAGUCAAAGGGCGAAUGCGGCGGCGGGGUCAGCGUGCGUCUCUCUUAAGGUUAAGAUCCAUUGAGCAGGACAAAAACACUCUUUACAACUUACUAUUUGCAACAUGUAACAUUAUUUAACAAAUAAAACGGUUUUAUAUUCACGAUCGAUAAA